AUGUAUUUAAAAAGGAACCACCCUUCUAAUCUAGUGCAUAUUUUUAAAGAUACCAAUGAUGAUCAACAAGAAAGUAUGACAAUACAGAAAUAUUCGUACGAUGGUUUCUUGAAUUUGCAUAAUGAACUACUAAACUCAAAUGUGAGUAUAACCCAAGAAAUACAAACAAAUAAUAUGCUAGAUGUUAUUGAGCAUCUUGAUGAAUAUCGUGCUCAUAAUGAUAAUAUAUACGAGGUGUUUACAAACUCUUGUACAUCUUUUGUAGAAAAAAUAUAUACAGAAAACUUUUUAGGAAUAAAUAAGUCACUGGUGUUACUUAAUGAACUAUUAAUAAAAGAAGUAAAACAUUUAUUAUUAAAUAAAAAUGAAUUAAUAUCAGAAAAAAAUCAAAUAGAUGAGGAAAAUUUUAAAAGAGACUUAGUUGAUAAGUUAUAUGAUGAAUUUUUACAACAAGAAAAAUCGGAAAAAGAUCAAAAUAUAUUACUUUAUUUUAAUAAAAUUAACAUGACAUAUAAAUUAAGAAGUUUUAUAGAUUUAUAUUCUGCUUACACACCAGAAGCUCAUGAAAUAAUAUUAAGUUUAAUACAAAUAGAUCCAUCUAAGAUCACUAUAAACUAUAUUGCAAUUUUAAACAAUUUCGAAUAUAUAUUAAAAUCAAGCGAUCCAUAUAUAUUAUUAAAGGAUUAUUUUAUUGGAGAUGAAAAUAUUAUAAAUAUGUCUUUAAGGACAUAUUGGAUAUGUCUAAAAAAUUUAUAUUUAUAUUUUAUAUCAUACAAUUCUCAUAUUUUACAAAUAUUAGGAGACGAGUUUAAAAAUCGAAUUUUUAAAUAUUUAGAUAAUGUUAUAUGUAAGAAAGAAAGUAGAAUUAUAAAUAAUGAUAAAUCAAAUUAUUUUCUUAAUAUGUAUAACUUUUUUGAUGCAUUUUCAUCUCUUAUUAUAUCAAAAGUUUAUAACUCUAAAGUUAUUAUUUUAAAUGAAAAUGGCAUUCUUAUAUCUAUACUUAUGAAUACCUUACCAGACAGAUUAAUUCAAUUAGUAUCAAAUAAAUAUUAUUCUGAUACUUUAAUUCCUCAUAGAUUAUUUUUAGAUUUUGCUUACCUUUCAAUUCAUAGUAAAUUUUCUAUUUUAAAUUCGUUAAAAAAUUUUGGAAUAACAUCUAUAAGUAUGAGCAAUACCUUAUCUCUUCCCUUUGACACUAAAUACACCUUAUCUAGUGAAACCAUUGAUCUAUCCACUCCUUCAGAAAUCACAAUAACUUCCGUAACUUCAAAGGAAAGUGCAACAAUUAAAAAAUCUAUAAAAGAAGAAAUAUUAAAUGAUGCCAAAAAAACAAAUAGUGAUAAAGAUAAUCCUAGUUUAAAUCGUUAUAAAACUAUUAAUGAUAUUAUUAAAGCAUAUGAUGAAUCCAAUUUAGUAACUGAAUAUCAUAUAUAUAGAUUAAUGAUAGAUAUAGCUAAAGGGAAUUUGAAAAAUUUAAGUUUAUUAUUUUCUAUAGAGAUCAUAAAUUAUAUCAAUGAUCAUUGUGAAGAUGUAUAUAUGGAAGACGAUGAGACAAAUAAUCAGUCAUCAAAUGAUAAUGAAGGAAGCGAUUAUUCCAAGAAUAAAAACAAAGAAUCAGAAGAAGAAGAAAAAGAUAUAACAAAAAAUAUGGAGCAUAUAUUGGAAAAUGAUAUAUCAUAUUAUAAUGAUACAGAUUUUCAAUUUCAUAAUUUUAAAAAAAAAAAAGAUGAACAUAAAGAUGAGUUGUAUGAUAAAUCCAUAGAAAACGCCUCAAAUAGCUAUCUAAACGAUAGUGAAGAAUUAAAAAUGUUAUACCAAUCUCUAUCAAGAAAUAAAGAUAAUAGAUCUGAUAGUUCUAGUAAACAAAUUGAGAUAAAUGAGACUGUAAGUGACAGUGGAAAUGAGAUUGGAAGUGACAUUGGAAAUGAGAUUGAGACUGAUAAUGGAAAUGGGACUGAUAGUAGAAAUAGUAACGAAAAUAGUGACAGAAAUGAUAAUGGGAAUGGUAAUAGAAAUGCUGGUUGGAGUAUUGGUGAAUAUGUUGAGCCUAUAGUAAUAAUAACCAAACGAACCCCCAAAGGGAAAUCCAAAUUCAUAACACCAAAUAGUUCCCAAAAUGUGAGUAAUUACACUAAUUUGGAAGCAAAAAACAAAGAGCAAUCAUCUAGUGACAAUAAUGAUAAUUCAUCUUUUCCUUCUAAAUUAUCUUUCUUAAGUAAUAAGAAUGCCUAUAAGCAUAUGGGCUUGAAUCAAAAAGAAAUACCAAAUUAUUUUUCAGAUAUAAUAAAAAGAAAUGAUGAAAAGUAUUCCUCAAUCAAUCAGUCUGAGUUUAAUGUUGAUACACCAUCAGAUUCGUCCGAAAAUGUAACUGAUCAUUACACAUCUUCAACAGAAAUGAGUUUUAGUGAAAAAGGGCAUAUAAAGAAAAUCCCAGAAAUUAAAAAAGAACAAAGUGACGAUCAAAAUCAAGACCAGAGUAUUAUAACUGAACAAAGUAUCCCGUUUAAUGAGUUAGACACAGUCACAGAUACAGAUAGCGAUGCGGAAAAUAAAUUAAAAGGGUUAUAUGAAUUUCCGGUAAGCCCAUUUCAAAAUAUUAGUAAGGGGGAUAAUGGCAAUAUGGAUAGUAUAGACACCAAAUAUACCAGCUUAAAUUCUAAUUUUACUACUAAUAGCACUAAUGAUGAUACAUAUUUUGAAAAAAAUGCGAAGGAAAUGCUAAACAGUGCAGUGUUUCUAAAAGAUAUAUGUAAAAAAAAGAAAAAUAUUUUAAAUAUAGAAAAAUUAAGAAGUAUUAAGGAAUUAAAAUAUGAUUUAUUAAGAACAAAGUAUAGUAUAUUAUAUAAGAAUUUAUUAUUUUUAAACGACAAAAAUUUAAAAAAAAUAUUUGAAUCCACCUUUUUUGAUUCAGAUCAAAUGAAAGAUUCUAUUAUUAGAAUUAUGUCUGUAUAUGAAAUAGGAAAUUUAAAAAAUAUUUUAAAAGUUAAUAUGAAUGAUUUAAAUGAAUAUUUUUAUCAAUCAAAAAAUAUAUUUAAAAAUAAAAAAAAAAUUUUAUCAUUUUUUAGUUUAAAUACUGGUCAAAAUGUUAUAAAUAAAAUCGAGACAAAAUUAUAUUCUGUAUUUACAAUAGUAUGGUUACAUUAUACAAAUUAUUUAAGAAAAAUAUUAGAUAUAUUUUCACAAAAUGAAUUAAAUGUGCUAUCAAAUAUGUAUUAUACACUUAUGGUAACUAAUGAAGAUAAUCACCAUCUAAGUCUUUUGAAUUAUUUCGGGUUUACAGAUGUUUUUAUUAUGUAUAUAUUAUUUGUAGGAUUAAAAAAAAAUAUUCAUUAUAUAAAUCAAAAUAAGUCUUAUACAAUUCAAAAUAAGCAACUUAGAAAUAUAGAUCCUAUACAAAUAUCACGUGGGUAUGAUGGAUAUUAUUAUAUUUUUAAAAAUUCAAUUGCUACUAAAGUUUUAGACCCAAGUCAAGGGAUUAAGUAUAAGAUCAAUGCUGGAUUCACUCUGAAUUUCUAUACUGUCAAAAAUAUAGAUAAAUACAAUUCUGAUAGUAUGAUAAAAAUAAAAUUUGAACUAAGCAAAGAUAGAAAAAUAUCCGUAUCGAAAAAAAUUUUAUAUGCAAUACUAGACCCCAUAAAAUAUGAAGAAUUCAUAUAUAACAAAAGAGAUAGUAAUAUAAUUGAAAAAUAUCCAUCUCUUGUAAUAUAUAGAGAACACAUUGGAGAUACUAUUAAUGAUAUAUCUUCUUUAAUUACUGCUAUUAUAUGUGGAAAAUUAUAUAAACUGAGUGCGAUCAAAGCAUGUAUAGAAACAAAAAAUGUUUUCCCACUCUUUAGUGAAAAAAUUAAUUCGAUUAUUCAUAAUUUUUAUAACAAUAGCAUUAGUUUCAAAAACACUGCUUUUGUUUCAAACAAAGAAUCCUAUAAUAUUUUCAGCGAUUUUUAUCAUAAUCCAAAAAUACUUAUGGAUACCCUGAUUCAGCAUCUAAAAGGGAUGGCACAAGAGAUAAAAAAACUGUCUAACGAAAACCAAAUAAGAUAUUAUUUUUCCUUUACUUAUAAUUUGAUAAAGGCGCAUAUACUAAGUGGAACUAUUCCCGACAAUGAAACAAAGGAUGAUUUAUUUUCGUUAGAGGAAAUUAUUUUUAAAUACAAAAUAUACAGUCAAAAAAUAGCUACUUCUAUUGUUAAAUUAAGUAGAAAAUACCCAGGCAAUCAAAAAUUUAUAAAGACCAUAAACACAAUUUCCCUAAUUUUGUAUAGAAUAAAUAUAGAGGAACUUUUAUCUCAUGUUGCUAAUAAUGAGUAUCCUGAGUUUCAAAAUGAAAUAUUAAUCCUCGAUUUAAUGGAUAUAAUAAAUAUAGUUGUAUUCUUUAACAAGGUAUUAAAUAAAAUUAUAAAAACUGUUGAAUUGGAAAAAUUAGUAGAUAAAGAAUAUAUAAUAAAAAUUAAUAUAGAUGAAAUAAUAAUAAUAGUUGAAAAAUUAUUCAAUAAAUGUGAAAAUUACUUUUAUGAUAUAAUAGACAACACUAUAAGAAAUACAAUAAUAAAUAUCUUAUUAAAAAAAAUGAAACUUACAUUUAUUUACUAUAAAUAUUUUUUUGAUAAUAAUAUUGAAGAACUAUCGUUAAAAUUUAUUAAUAAUUUAAAACAAAAGAAAUCAUUUAUUAUGUUUUAUGAACCAAAUAAUUAUUAUUAUCCAAUUGAAAUUUCUUAUGGCAAAAUAAAAGAUUUUGAACAAAUAUUUUUUUUAGAUUUAAUUGAAUAUAAUUAUUCUAAUAAUAAGACUUUUCACGAUAAAUAUUCUAUAGAAAGUAAAAAAAAAGAACCUAAACAAAUUUUGUUAAAAUUAAUUAAAACUACUAAAAGUAUAUCUUUAUUAUAUCAUGUAUUUAAUAUUCCUAAAGAAUAUAAUGAUAAUCUAUUUGAUAUAAUCUUUGAUAUUGCCAAGCAAUCUUCGGUUUAUAACACAUUUGUUCAGAAAAGUAGAUUAUGGGGACACAAUGUCCCUAUAGAAACACAUUUUAAACUUUAUUUUGCAAAUUUUCAAAAAUUAAUUAGAUACUAUAUAGAAAGCAACAAAAUAGACAAGUUAAUAAAUUUCAUGCUAAACUAUAACGAAUCCGACAUAAAUAUAAAACAUUUUCAAGAAGAGGAUGAAAAAAUGAAGAAAGAUAAAAAAAAUAAUCUAUAUAGUUGUAUAAAAGAACAAUGGUUAUAUAAAUACAAUUUAAAAGAUAUGAAAAUAUAUCUGCCAAAUAUUAAAUUAAGAAUUAAUUUGGACACACAAGAUAUAAAAGACUGUGUUAAUAAAAAUUCGAAUUAUUCUCAUUUAGGAAAACUAACUGAUAUUAUGUUAAAUAUAUUAGUUUAUGAAUUGGAUAAUAUUUUUAAUGCUCAAAAAAAAAUGAAUUUAUUAUUUUCGACUAUGAAUAUAGAAAUGGAGGAUAUUAGUAGUAAGUUAUUAUUUAAAAUAAAUAAUAUAUUAAAUACUAAACAAAAAAUAUCCCUUUUUUAUUAUUCAAAAAACGCUCUAAUGCAUUUUACUGAAAUAUUAAGUUAUCAUUAUAAAGAAAAUAUAACAUUAUACUCAGAAAAUUCCCAAAAUGGGUAUGAUAUGCAUUCUUUUAAAUCUCAAAAACAAAAAGAAAAUAAGAAUAAACAAAUUGUAAUACUUAAGAAGGGGCAUAGAUUCAAAGUCUACGAACAAAAUCCUAUUUUCCAAAAUAGUGUAUAUAGUUUGCAGAACGAGGCUUACUUUCUGAUGCACCGCGAAAAGGUAAUGAAUAUAAGUAAUUAUCUUGAGUCUUUAGAAAUACAAUACUCAGAAACACAAAUCUCAGCUAUCGAAGAUAUACAUUUAGUUAUAAUAAAUAACAUAAAAGAUCCAAUGGAUGUUAAUAGUAUUCAUAAAAUGAUUGACGAUUUAAUAAAACAUAAAGACGUUGGAUCAUUAAAAACUAGUAUAUUAGAAAAUUUGAUUGAUUUAAAUAUAUUAGAUAAUAGAAAUGAUAGGAUUCGAAAUAAUUAUUUGAAUAUAUUACAUUUAGAAAUAUUUUCUUUAUUUUCUUUUGGGCCAUACCAUAAUAUAUAUAAUUUAUUAGACGAAUUAUUUUUAUUUGAUAAUAAAUUAUUAAACUGGUUCAAAAGAUGGAUAAUAUUAAAUAGGAAUGUAAAUUAUGAUGAUCAUGAUAAUUUCAAUCAAUUAUUAUUUAUAUCUUCUCUAAGAUAUAUGCUAAAAUUAUUGAGUAUGAAAAUUAAUAAAAAAAUGUUAACAAAAAAGCACUUCAGGUAUAUACCUAAAUUACACGACAAAAAAGAGGAGUCAAAGUAUACAGAUUUAAACUUUGAAGAAAUUAAACCAAAUUCAAUUUUAAAAAAUAAAAUUUAUUAUAAAAAAGACAAUGAUAAUAGUGAUAUGGGUAAAAUUUUUUUAAAUCGUGUCAAAGAAUAUAGAAUUAAUUCCAAACUUCGAGAUAAAAUUUUAGAAGAAUUGGACAAAUAUAAAUUUUCUAUAUCAUUAGAUCAUUAUAAGCAAGAUUAUUAUUUUUUAUCUUUAGUAGGUUUAGGUUAUUCAUAUAUUAACAAAUUUAGUGAAUUAAAAUUGGGUCUAUACAAACCUGUUAAUAUUACAUUAAAAAAGUUGUAUAAUAUAUUUUAUAUUACUGAAUUAAUUGAAACAGUGAAUGUAUUUGUAAAUGUAAUUGUAAAUAUUUAUAAAAACAUAUUUUAUAACAAUAGUAAAUAUAUAAUUUCCGAUGGGCAAAUAAAAUUAAGUAAAGAAAAAAAAGAAGAAUUAGCGAAAUUUAUCUUGUUAGAAGAAAGUAUAAACAUCGAUUGCUUACAUAAUCGCAAAGGGCAUAAGUUUUUUACUCAUGAUAAUUCUGAUGAUACAAAUUAUUCAUUGUCUAAUAAUGAAUAUUAUUUAAAUUAUAUAAUAAAAAAUGUAUGUGAUUUUUUCUAUUCUGUUUUUAAUUGUUUUCAUGAUAAUACUUGUUUUUCAAAAAAUGAAAAAUCUGCUAAAAAUAUUAUAAAUACAUACCUCAAAAAAACUGGAUUCCAAAAAAACAUGAUAUGGUUGAUGCCAUUUUUAUCAAAUCAUUUUAAAAGUUCAUUAGUUAUAUUAUACAUAGAACCGAAUGAUGCAAUUACUUUAUAUAAAUAUCAAGAUAAUACUUCUACAGAGUUUAGUAUACAAAUAUUACUGCACAAUGGCAAAAUGUCUUUAAUACUUCCUACCUAUUUUAUAUACACAAAUAUAUUAUAUAUGACUACUAAAAUAUUUGUAGAAAAUGAAAGACACAUUAGAAGUGUUUCAAAUAUGAAUACUACUAAUAAUAAUGACCCCACUGAUAUAAUUAAUAGUAACAUGGAACCGUUGUACAGGAUAAUUCAAAGUUGCAAGUUAAUAAGUGAUGAAUCUAUAAUAAACACACAAAAAGCAAAUCAUUACUACAAUACUUACUUUGACAUUAUCGAAUACAAAUUAAAUGCACUUGUUUCUAACAAAAUUGGAUUAUAUAACUUCUUAAUAUCUAUAAGAGAAGAUAUAUUAAAUUUUAAAUAUUUUUUGUUUUAUAAAAAUUUAAUACGAUUUUUAAGAUUGAUGGAUAUACUCCUAGAAGUCUUAAGUUCAAAUAUGCAAAUAUAUUCUGACUUUAUAUAUUUUCAAGACAUAUUAAAUACACCCAGUAGUUUAAUAGAAAGUUCUAUUAAUAAUAUAAUAACAUUUUUAGAAAAAGAAAAGUUUGACAUUUUCAACAGAAAUCAGAAAAAAAAAUAUUAUGAUAUAUUAUUAGAUUAUUAUAAUAAUUAUUAUUAUAAAACCGGAGUAUAUUUAAAAUUACUUGAUUUUAUUUUGAAUAAUAUUAAAACGGAUUUAGAAAUGAAUCCAGAUUUUGUUAUUAUUGAUCCAAAUAAUAAACAUGAACAAAAUACUAAGCAAAGAAAAAUACUUAUGCUCAAAAGUUUUGAAGAUUUAAUUAUUUGUGAGCAUAUAAAAGUUGUAUAUAAUAUUAUGAAAUAUGUAGAAAUUUACAUAGACAAUAUAAUUAAUAAUGUUAUACAUAAGACAGAAAAAGAAAAUAAUGAAAAACCCUCAUUAAAUAAAAAAAAAAUAUUACGAGAAUGUUGCUUAAAAUAUGAUUACAAUGAAUUAGGAGCAACUGAAUUAACAAAAAAGUAUUUUUUUGAAUUGGAAAGAAGACUCAUAAAAAUUUUAAAUUAUUCAGAAAAUUUACAAAAAUUAUCGAAUGAAGAAUUGGAUUACGAAGAAUGGUAUUUUAUUGCAUCUAAGCUACAAUUAGAGAAAUUUAAAAAUAAUGAAUUAAUAUAUUUAAAAAUUUUGAAUCAAGAUAUUUUUUGGAAGGAUGGAGCUAAAAAAUGUACCUCAGAAUAUCAAAAGCGGUUGAAAGCAAAGGAAUUAUACAUAGAUCCCAAAACUGUGAAACUACUGAAAAACCCCAAAUUAGUCUUUUCUGAAUAUAAAGAUACUAUUUACAAGUCUAAAAUUAUCAGAAAGAGACGAAAUUAUGAUUCAUUGAACAAUACAACAACUGAAAAUAGGAACUAUUUUAGUUUGAAAAUGAUAAACAAUAAACAACAAGCCAUUUCCUAUUUAUGGGAAUUUAUAAAUAUUGAAAUUUGUAUUAAUGGAAGUAAUAGCAAUUUUGAAGAUAUAAAAUAUAAAUUAAAAAAUAAUAAUAAUUUUUUAAAAUAUAUAAAAAUAUUAACCGAAGAAGAAAUAUAUAAGUUAUUCAUUGCAAUAAUAACAUUUCAUAGACUUAUUGAAUCAAUAGAUGAAAAAAUAUUUAAUAAGUAUAAAGGUUAUAGAAUUAGUAAUAUGAUAUUUAAUGAAUUAAUAGAUAGAGGUAUAUAUAUAGCUGGUGAUUCACUAAUAUCAAGAGAAUAUGUAGAAUCCAUAUUUGUUUAUAAUUUAUGGAAACAAAAUAUAAAAUAUGUUAAGGUUAGUAAUGUAUUAAUUAAAUCACCCAUUCCUGCGAAAUAUGCAAAUUAUUAUUCGUCGUCUAUAAUAUUUAAAACACUUCGAUUUGUUUAUUCAAAACCAAAAUUUAAAAUAAAAUUAAUAAAUAUGUUAUCUUAUAUUAUAUAUAAUAUUUUUGAAUUAGAUACUAGUAAAAAAUAUAUAAUUAAUACAAUUUCGUCUGAAGGAAUAUUAAGAGGUGGAUUUGAUAUUAUAAGACAGGUUCUAUUGAAAUUAAAUGUAGGCCUUGAUGGACUUAUUACUAUGUAUUCUUCAAUUUUUAUAAAUAUGUAUUAUAUUGUUGAAAAUUGUUAUAUACAAGAUAUAAUUGAAAAUAUAGAUUAUAGACGCAUGUUUUCAAAUUUAUUUUUUUUAUUACAUAAUUCAAUAGAAGAAUGUUAUAUUAAAAUAUUGUUAAACUUAAUCUUCGAUAAUUCAAAUCUUUUAACAUUUGUAAAUAAACAUGAUAUAAAAGUAAAAGACAUUAUUUUAAAAUUUAAAAGAAUUUUUUUACUUAACUUUGGAAUAUAUAUAAAUUUUUUUCAACACCUAUAUGAUAAUAUUGAGGCGAAAUUUAUAACAUAUAUAAAAUAUUAUGUUACCAAAAUUCUAAAUGAUUUAUUACCAAUUAAUGUUAAUACUAUUGAAAAAGUUUUUCAUACUGAAAAAGAAAAUAUUAAUUUACUAGAAUUUGUUUCAUUUCAUGAUGAAGAAAAUCUUCUACUUAUUUAUACAAACAUUAUUACCCUUGUAAAAUAUGAGCCUUUUAUUCAAAAAUUUAGAACAAAGGCAAUUAAUAAGCAUAAAGAGUUUUUCUCGAAAUCUAAACAAAUAGAAGUAUCGAAAGAUUCUCUUAUUGAUAUUAUGUAUAAAAAAGCAAAUGAAAUUGCUAUUUCUAAAAAAAUAUUUUUUUUAAAAAGACAUAUUAAGAAUAAUCCUAAUCAAAACAAAGAUCGAAUAUCGACUGACACUCAAAAUGGUUCAUUUUCUACUAUCAAAAGUGAUCAAAAUGAUAAACAAGAUAAAUCUGUGAAACAACCAAAAUUGGAAUCUUCACUGCCUUCCAAUAGAAAUAAAAAUUCAAAAGAAAUAGAAAUAUAUAAUAUCGUCCAAACAGAUGCAUAUAGAACAUUGAGCUGCUUAGAAAAAAUGUUCAUAUAUGCCUUUGAUAUUUAUAAUAAUGAUAAUUUAUCAAAAAAUAAGAUAAAAAUAUGUAGUUCUUUGCAUACCUAUGAUUGGAUAAAAGAAAUAUAUAGAGUUAUAAUACAAAAAACAAAUAACAUUGAACAUAGUGUAUAUGGAUAUACUCACUAUCUCCAAUUGUUUACAAAAGUUAAUGGAUUCAUAUGUGAAGUAAAUUUUAAAAUUAAUAUGCAUGGAAAUACAAAAAAAAGCAAAUAUAUAUAUUUUUUAACUAAAAGAAAAUACAAAAAUUCAAUAGUAAGUUAUAAUGUAUUUAGAAUACAUAAUCAAUUAUGUUUUUUACUUAUUGAACAUACAACUGAGAAUGGUAAGCAUACCCAUAUAUGUUAUGACGCAGAAAUUAUACCCUUUUACAAAAUUAAUAAUGUUUCCAAAUAUUUUAAUGAUUCUUUUACAAAUAUAAAUAAAUUACAAAACAAAGGUAAAAGACAUGAAGAUGCAGAAACUAAUAAAAAUGAAAACUAUAAAUAUCCAUUCAAUUUAAUUAAUAAAAAUAAUACAUCCCAAAAACAUAAAAACGAUGAUAUAGUACAAGAAAAUAUGCAUUCAGAUAUGGAUCAACAAAACAGAGGAAAAAAGAACGAAGGAAAUGUUUCACAAAUAAAUAAUCAGGAAUAUAAUUAUCCUAAAAGAGAAAAUGAUUAUGAAGAAGAUAAAAAUAUUUCACGAAAAAGUUUACAUACUCGUGGAACUAAGCCGAAGAAAAUAAUUGUAAAUAAAAUUAAAAGAUGGAGAGAGAAUGUUAACAAUAAAGCUGAAAAAAAGACACUAAGUACCACUUUUAAAGGCGUUAAAAAACCUUUAAAAUAUACGACUACAAAACAAAAGAAUAUAAAAUUUAAAAAAAUUGAAAAAGACAUAGAUUUAAACAACGAAUACGGAAAUAUAGAAAAAAUUAACAAUGCCUUAAAACAUUUCAAUGAUAAAAAAAUUAUUAACCAACUGCUAGAUUUUGAAUAUUUUCAUUCUAAUAAAUGGUCAUCAAAUAUAUUUAAUUUAACUAUUGACACAAUGAAUGGGGAUAAUGAAAAUAUUAAACUUAUUUUAGAGGUUGGGAAUUAUAAUAUUCAAAUUUCAUAUCAAGUAUAUUUUAAUAGUUACAAUAAUAAAGAAUCUUUUCAUGAAUUAAAUAAUUUUAUUAAUAAAAAUAUCAUAAGAAGUGCCAUAACAAAAAAGUUAAAGAAAUAUUCUAAAUUAAAUUAUAUUAUUAAAAACAUAUUUAUUCAUAAUAAAAAUAUUAAAAAUGUGUCCUACGAAAAAAUAAACACACAUUUUAAAUCGGAUAUUAGCAACUUAGAGAGAAAAAAUAUAAUUAAAAAUUUAUAUCCAAAAUAUAGUCAAAUAUAUCAAAGAAAUAUAAGAGAACAAGAAAACAAGCAUAUCACAGGAAAAGAAAAAAUUGAAACAGACACUCAAGUUUUAGAGAUACUAAGAUUUGCAUGGUAUAAAAACAAAUACGAAAGAAACACAUGUACGCUAUUAGUAGUCAAGGCAAUUACACCCCUCAUAUUAAAAGGGAAUUAUAGCCAUGACACUUGUAACACAAAUGAAAAUAUUGAAAACGUGAUGAAGUUUAUUGAAAAUACAAAAAUUAAACCCGAAACUAAUUAUGGCCAGGAGUUACACAAUAUCAAUGACCAUGGGGGAAUAAAUACUGAUGAUGAUGGAGUAAGGAUUCAAAGUAAGGACAUCAACGAAGAAAGUGAAAGCGAAAGUGAUAAUGACAGCGAAAAAAGUGAAAAAGAAAGUGAUAGUGACAGCGAAAAAAGUGAAAAUGAAAGUGAUAGUGAAAAAAGUAAAUAUGAUAGUGGAAAUGAAAGUGAUAUCGACAGCGAAACCGAGAAUGGUGGUGCGUACAAAAUGAAACCGAAAAUAGGCAUAAAAUAUAAACGACAUAAAAAACCAAAAGUACAAAAAAUUAAAAAAAACUAUCAGGAAGAAAACUAUUUUUCAAACUAUGAAGAAUAUUUUAAUAAAAUAUACACAUUAAGUGAGGAAGAAAAUUUUUAUAUAAAAAGAAGAAUGGACAAACAAACAGCAAUGGUAAAAUAUAGGCUUAUCUUAUUAUCUAUAAUAAUAAUUAAAAGCAAUAAUUUAUAUACAAUUAAAAAAAUGAAUAAUAUUAGUAAUGAAUAUUUAAGGGAUAAAUAUAAAAUAUAUAAAAAUAUUGAAUAUAACCAAAAGUAUUUAUUCAGUAAAAAAUAUGUCUAUAUUGAAAAUAAGCAUUAUAUAAUAAAAAAAAAGCUGGAAUGUUUAAUGGAAUUAGAAUUUUAUAAAUUUUUAAAAAUAUCAUUAGAAAAAAAUAAUAUUUUACAACAAUUUCUUAAUGAUUUAACUGCUGAAAUUUCAGAGAUAAACAAAUAUUUUUAUAAACAUAAUUAUACAAGUAAUUCGAAUAUCCACUCUUCUAGUUUUUAUUUAGACCAGAUAGAAAACAUCAAAUUUUUAUGUCCUAUUUUAUACGAGUUAAAAAACAAGGAAAUAAUUGAUUUGAAAAAUACUUCUAAUAUUGAUAGUUCAAUAAAAUUAACUGAAAAUGAAAUAAAAAAUCAAUUAAUUGAAUGUGAAAAAAAUGUUGGUUUUUUUGGAAGUAAUAUUUCUUUUUUCGGUAAGCCCUUAGAUGACUUUAUAGGGAAACAUCGUGUUCAAAAUAUUGCAAUGUUUUCUUAUGAAUGUGAAAAAUCUGUUUUUAAUGGGAAAAAUUUAAGCGAAUUAGAUAGUUAUCAUAAAAAUUUUUGUAUAAAUACUAUUCAAAAUGAACUAAAAAACGAUGAUAAACAAUUUGGUAAUAUUAACACCGAUUGGGGAGAUAUGUUAUUUAAUGUAUUUUCUUCAAAAAAAAAUAAUAGUAAUGCUGGUUAUAAUUACAAUGAAAUAAAAUGCUUUGGAUUUGCAGACAAAGAUGAGCUAAAAAAAUAUGAGAAAAAAAAAGGAGCAAAAUGCCAAAUCAAUAUUUUAAAUAAAACAGUUAAUGUUUUACAAGAUCUUAUUGAUAAAUAUUAUACAAUAAAAAAAAAUGGUAUACAUAAUGGAAAUGCAUAUAAUGUAUAUGUAUUAUAUAAAAAUAUAUAUAUUGUUAUGUUAUACAAAUUGAUGUAUGAAACACGAUCAUUUAAUCCGCUACGUAUACAACAGAGAUUAAACCCAGUAGGGAACAACUAUACUAAAUUAUUAUAUAAAAAAAAUAAAUCGUCUAAUUUUGCAAAACGAAUUUUUGAAAAAACAAGUACCUUAUAUUUAGAAAUAGAACUAAUAUAUAAUGAACAUGAUUUUUUAAGAAAUGUCCAUUUCCCUAGCGAAUCAGUGGAUAUACUUAUGCACAACCAUAAGCCAUUUAGUGAAGAUGCGUAUGGAUAUGGACUAUCAGAAAACCCUAAUAAAAUACUUAAUGAAGGUGAAGAAAAUACAAAAUUAUACUUUUUUUUUGUUCUUUCUUUAUUAGGGCAUUAUCCGGAAAUACAAAAAUAUAUUUUACAAGCUUCUGAAAAUGUGGAUAUGAUUUACAACUUGUUAGACAUAAAUCUUGAUGAUAUACAAAAAAAUAAAAAUAUAGGAAGCCCAAAAAAAAAUCCUAAAUACGAUCAUUUAAGAAAUGCACAGUCAGAGCCGAACAUUUAUUCGGAUGAUCAAACCGAAUCAAAAGAAAAACUACAGAAACAAACAAGUAGUGAAGAAAAGAGUUUUUUUUCAAACCUUCAUGCAGCUGCGUAUAAUUAUUUAUUCCCCGAAAGAAAUGAUCAAGGGAAAGAGGAUGAUAAAAAAAGUGGAGAAGGAAGCAAAAAGGAAAAGGCCAAAAUAGAAGAUUUUAUUUGGAUGGGGAAAGAUCAAAUAGACAACAUUAAAAAAUUAAUAGUAGAACAUAAAUUAGUAGAUAUAUUUAUAAAAGGAAAAAAUUUAAUAAAUUUUAAAAGUUUUUUACAAAAUGAUAAUUAUUUGGAAGCAUUUAAAAAUUCUUUAGAAAAUGAAUUAAAAAAAAAAGAUUUUUGUCACCAUUUUAUUAAAACAACUCCAUCAUUUAGUUUCAAUAAUUAUCAUAUUCCUCAUUUAUUAUUGUUUGCAUUUUAUUAUGGAUUUUCUGAUAUUAUAAGAACAAGGAGGCCAUAUAUAAAUUUAGAAUAUAGUAUAAACCGAACAAUUGAUAAAAACAAAUAUAUAUAUUCAUAUAGAACUCAAAAUUAUAUUAAUUUUAAUUUAGAGCCAGAAAAAAGAGAUUUACUAAAUAAAAUAUAUGAACAAAUUGCAAAGUUUACUUAUAAAUCAGCUUUACAGCAUAUAUAUAAUAAUAAAAAUAGACAAAUUUUAUUUGAAUUUAAUAAAACGCAAAGUGAGCAUUUAAAAGAUAUUAUAAAUACUAGUAUCAGCAAAAAAGAUGAUAUAAAUAUAUACACCAAGAACAAUAUAAAAGAAAUUACAAAUGUUAUUAAAAUAUUUGUUGAAAAUUAUAUUUUAGUUUUAAAUAAUUAUCCAUCUAAUUUUGGUCUUAGUAAGCAUUCUUCCUUAUACAGCAAUUUUGUUAAAAAUAUUAAAAAGUUCUUUUUUUCAUUUAACCAGCAAAAUAAUAUAAUAUAUAUUAUUACACAAAGAGAUAUUUAUUAUAAUAAACAAGUAAUUAAAAAUAUAAAAUAUAAAGAAGAUAUUAUUAAUAUUAUUAAACGACUUUUAGAUUUUGUAUUAUUAGCAUCUGCAAGACCAUAUGAUACUAAUUCUAAUAUUAAGAAUGAUACAUGCUUAAAUGAAAAAUUGUCUAUAGGGAAAAGAAAUGCUAUUAAAAUUUCUAAUGUUAUUUCAGAUAUUAGCUCUGAUAUUAGUCCGCAUUUGCCCCAAUCCCCUACUAUUAACCCAUCUUCAAAUAUAGACACUGCAACUACUAGCAAUGCAAAUUUUAGGCAUAUAAAAAAUGUUAACGGACAGCAAUACAGCUUUUCUGAAGAUCCAGGAAAAAAUAAAAAAAAAAUCGUAAGCAAAGAAAGCCUAAAUAGUAGUGCAGAAGAAUGUAACACCAAUAGUAAAGAUGGAAAUCUCAAAUGUUUCGUAUUGGUAAAUUAUUUAUAUCGAAAAGUUCAAAAUGUAUACUCAGGUUUAAUUGAUAAAGCUAUUUCUUAUACAUUCACUUACGGAUUUGAUUUGCUCGUAAAAAAUAGUAUAUAUCUUUAUGACCAAAAAAAAAGUUUGGUAUAUAAAUAUAUAAUUUAUUAUGUUAAAAUGUAUGUUAUUCAAAGUUUAGAUAUGAUAUUUUUAGUUGUACGUGAUUCAGAACUUAGUGUUCCCUUAACAAAUGCAGAUUCAAUUAAGAAUAGUAUAUUCGACAUGUGCUUAUUUAAUAUUCAGAGUUUAUCGGUUCUAUCAAAAAAUAUAUUAAAUAUUAUAAGUGAAAAGGAAAUAGAACAUAUUCUAUCAGAUUUAUUUACAAUUAUACAUAUAAAUUAUAUAGGAAAUUCACGAUUUAUUGAAAAUUUAAUUAAAAAUAUUAAUCUAGCUUUAUCAAAAAACAUAGCAUUAAAAAAAAUGUUUGGAGAUUUUAUAUCAUAUCUUUCCAUUUCAUCUAUACAAACAUUUGAAUUGUUUUUUCAUUCAAAAUACAAACAAAAAUUAAUUAGUAUUAUUAUUACAUUCCUUAAUAAAAUAUCAAAAACAAUAUCAAAUAUAUUAGAAGAAUCGUUUUUCCAGUCUUAUAUUUGCACAAAUAUAAUUAGGUUAGGGGAAUCAUUUAUAAGUGAAUUUAAUGAAGAAAAUACUGUCUAUCGAUUUUUAAUGGAUAUUGGAGACAUUAAUUAUAUGGAUAUUAUUAUUUCUUAUGCAUAUAAAUAUUUUCCAAAAAUAGUAAAUGACUUUAUGCAAGACUAA